GGACACAAUUCAUCAUAUCAAAAGUCAACCAGUUAUCAUCAUGGCACCACAAACUUCUGAGCCCCAGCGGGCUCUGAGCGAUGCAUUAGAGCAGCCACACCUCUUACGCACCGAGACUCGAGAGUCACUGCGAAACCGUGGAAUUUCCCCAAGCCCUCCACCUCUCGACUACAACUAUCCAGAUGUCGGUCGCCCUGCGGACCCUGUCUUCCCGGAGGAAUACACUAUCGAGACCAGUACCGGCCUCGUUCCCCAACGCACGCUCGAACAAAUUCGCUCGCGACAAGACCGACAACCCUCGUCAAGCUCCUCCUCAGACAUUGAAAAGGCCGAUGAGAAGUCUAACGAGUUUGUUACCUUCACAAUCAACGAUCCCGAGAACCCUUACAACUGGUCUCGUAUCUAUCGAUGGUACGUCACCAUGAUCGCCUCGCUGCUUGUUGUCUGCGUUGCCUAUGGCUCCGCUAUCGUGACCGGCGGUCUUGGCCUCAUUGAAGACAAGUAUCAUGUAUCACUUGAAGUGGCCACCCUCACCUGCAGUAUUAUGGUCUGCGGGUUCGCUGUCGGCCCCCUUCUCUGGUCGCCCCUCUCGGAGAUUAUCGGUCGUCGGCCGGUCUACAUCAUCUCGCUUGUGCUGUACACUAUCUUCCAGAUCCCUUGCGCCCUCUCUCCCAAUAUCGGUGGACUUCUGGCUUGCCGCUUUCUUAGUGGCGUCUUUUCUAGCUCAGGCUUAUCCCUCGCGGGCGGCACCAUAGCCGACAUCUGGUCCAUUGAAGAACGUGGCAUGGCGAUCGCCUUCUUCGCGGCCGCUCCAUACUGCGGCCCUGUGAUCGGACCCAUCGUUUGCGGCUGGAUCACGGUAGGCUCAGGCCGCCUGGAUCUCUUCUUCUGGACCAAUCUCGCCUUCGCGGGCGCAGUCGCCAUCCUCGUGGGUCUCAUUCCAGAGACCUACGCGCCUGUCAUCCUCAAACGGCGGGCGGCGCGCCUUCGUGCCGAGACCGGCAACCCACGCAUCAUCACCGAGCAGGAGCAACGCAAGCUCACUUUCCAGGAGAUCGUUCGCACCUCGUUGAUCCGACCGAUCACCAUGAUUCUCACCGAACCCGUCCUGGACCUGAUGUGCAUGUACAUCGUGCUUAUCUAUGCGAUGCUGUACGCGUUCUUCUUUGCCUACCCGGUGAUCUUUGGCAAGCUCUACGGCUACAACGACGGCCAGAUCGGCCUGAUGUUCAUCCCUAUUCUGAUUGGGGCCGGCUUCUCGCUGAUCUUCACGCCGCGUCUCGAGAAGCAAUUCCACCGCAUCUGCAGCCGCCGCCCGCCCACGCCCGAGGACCGACUCAUCGGAGCCCUGAUCGGCGCGCCCUUUAUCCCUGUCGCUCUCUUCAUCCUUGGAGCCACCUCUUACAAGGACAUCAUCUGGGUGGGCCCUGCCUCCUCCGGGAUUGCCUUCGGGUUUGGCAUGGUGCUGUGCUACUAUGCGGUGAACAACUAUAUUAUCGACAGUUACCAGAAGUAUGCGGCGUCCGCGUUGGCGGCGAAGGUCUUCCUGCGAUCCGGGGGCGGUGCGGCGUUCCCGCUGUUCAUCACGCAGAUGUACGACCGCCUGGGGCUGCAGUGGGCGUCGUGGUUGUUGGCGUUCCUGGGCGUGGGGAUGGUGUUUAUUCCGUAUGUUUUCUAUUUGUUUGGGGGGCGCUUGAGGGCCAGGCUCAACAAAAAGUAGAGUUAUAGACGGAAAGCCGGGACGUUGUUGGGGGAAGAGGGGAGAUAUAGGACUGGA